AUGACAGAGACAAAGGUUUUAAGGUUUCGGCUUUCCAAGCCAGAAACAGAAACCACACCAAUGGCUAUGGGUAUGACUUUUCUUGAUCAUCAAUAUUCCAAGGUACCCAUCAUCAAUGACAGUAAAGUUGGUGUCUUUGGAAAAGAUUCUGGGGUUCCAAGCAGAAAGAGGCUGAUAAUCAAGUUUCGUAUUUCUAAUACUAAGGCUUUGAAGAACAAUCAUCAAGAUUCCAAGCCCAUCAACAAAAGCUCUGGUUAUCGUGAGAGGGUUAGGAAACUGCUGACAGAAUCUUUUUCCAGAGUUUCUUCUGAAACUGACGAGAGAAUAUCACCAUCAAUAGACCCAGUUCAAGUGGCUGCUACAGUAGAGUCUGUUAUGUUUGAAAGGAUUGGGUGGUCUAAUCCCAUCAAGAAGACAAAGUAUCAGUCAAUAUUGUUCAAUCUGAAGGACCCAAAGAACCCAGAUUUGAGGAGAAAGGUGCUUCUUGGAGAGAUCAAGCCGGAGAGUCUUGUAACCAUGAGUGCCGAGGAGAUGGCCAGUCACAAGAGGCAGAGUGAGAACAUUCAGAUACAGUUGAAAAGGUUGAAAAGAUGUGUGCAUGAUGCUGAUGAGGAAGAAAAGGCCACCACUGACAUGUUCCAGUGUAGCCGGUGUCGCGAGCGCAAGUGUACUUAUUAUCAAAUGCAGACCCGGAGUGCCGAUGAACCCAUGACAACAUAUGUAACUUGUGUCAAAUGCAACAAACGCUGGAAGGUCUAA